UUCGGUUUCUCGCAUGAAAACUUUCUAAAAAUUGCAUGCAAACUCAGGUCAGAACAAAUCUCCAUUCGGUCUCACUGCCUCUCUAAGACUCUCUCAGUCAAGCCUUUUCCUUUCACGUUCAAAGUCUUCCAAAUUAUCAAAUUUCCCAAAAUUACUAACAAAAAUUAUAUUCACAUAUAUGUAUAUAUCUUAUAAAAUCACUAAACCAAUUAUCUUCCCAAAUCAUAUAUAUCUCUACAAACCCUCAUAAAAACCCGCCCUGCCUGCCCCCCAAAACCCUUCUGUUUUUGCUUCCCUCUUUACUCCGCCGUAAGGAUGAGUAAUCUCGGUAGUCGAUCUUCCUCCGAUACGACGCCGUUUGAGAGUCCGCAAUCUCCAUUGCCGGAAGCCACCCUUAAUCGCCGUCAAUGCCAUCGCUUUCUCCGCCGUGAAAAUUCACCGGGGACUUCCCUGCCAAACCCUUACGAAGAGACCCAUUCUGAUCAAACCCUAGAAGGAGCCUUUUCUCGCCUCAAUAUCGACUGGACCUCUACUGACCCGCAUCUUUAUUCGGGUCUUGAAGGCGGUGUCCCUAAUGGGAUUGGUGGGGAGCCUCUGUUCUCAUGUUCCUUUCCUCAAAGGAACAGAGAGUUUCAGCGGCUGAGCUUGCCAAACGAUGUCAGUGGUAAUUUUGGCCAUGGGCAUAUGGGCGGUCUGCAGGAUUACUGUGUGGGGUCUGAUAUGAAUGGCUUGGAGUGCUUUCUGUCAAAUCCAUAUUCACAUAAUAUCACCGAACAAUCUCUUAACCUUAACAAUGGGUUCUUGAUUGAUUCUAGAAGGUUUCGGCUUCACGGAGAAGGGUUUAAUGGAGAGAUCCCGAUUUCUCCCUCUUCGAAUGCCAAUGAGUUGUCCUGUGAUUUCCUGGGGGAUUACUAUGGGGAAAUUGGUGGUUUGGUGUACAAAAACUCGAAUAUUUCGAGGCAUGAUGUGGAUAAUAGACGGCCACAUUGGUUGCAGGAGCCUCUCGAUUGUUUGUCUGUGGAAUAUUUGCGUGGGAGGAUAGUAUCCAUGGCCAAGGACCAGUAUGGUUGUCGGAUUUUACAGCGGACAAUGGAAAGUUCAACGAAUGAAGAAAUUAAUAUUAUAUUCUUGGAGGUGAUAGAACAUGUGGGUGAUUUGAUGAUUGACCCAUAUGGCAAUUAUGUUGUUCAGAAGCUCGUGGAACUCUGCAAUGAAGAACAGAGGACGCAUAUACUUUUAGUGCUCACCAGGAUUGACUUUCGACUCGUUACUAUUUGCCUUAACAUGCAUGGUACUCGGGCUGUUCAAAAAUUGUUGGAGAGUCUUACUAAAGGCCAUCAGAUCUCCAUAGUUAUGAAGGCUCUGGGCCCUGGUGCUGUUGCAUUGACUAAGAGCACUAAUGGUCAUCACGUCAUUCAGUACUGCUUAAAAAAUUUCUCUGAGAAAGACAAUGAGUAUCUUCUGAAUGAGGUGGUUGAUAACUGUUAUGGAAUUGCAACGGACAAAAGCGGUUGUUGUGUGCUGCAACAAUGCAUUAAAUACUCUCAGGGAGAACUCAGAGAGCUUCUGGUGGCCGAGAUAGUAACAAAUGCAAUGCUCCUAGCAGAAGAUCGUUACGGGAACUAUGUGGUGCAAUAUCUGCUGGAUUUGAGAAUACCUCAAGUCACUGCAAGUAUUCUGAGACAACUUAAAGGGAGUUUUUCAUCUCUUUCCUGCAAUAAGUAUGGCAGUAAUGUUGUGGAGAAGUGCUUGCUAGUCACUGGACCAGAUCAAUCUGCACUAAUUAUUAUGGAGCUGAUCACCAGUCCGAAUCCUUCAAUGCUUCUUCUGGAUCCUUACGGAAACUAUGUUAUCCAGUCUGCAUUAUCGGUUUCAAAGCAGGGUAUCAUCCAUAAGGCUCUAGAGAACCUGGUUCAGAUGAACUCUCCAAUGAUGCGCAGCAAUCUAUAUGGGAAAAAGGUAUUGGCAUGGUUUGACAAGAGGAAAGGCUGCAACAUGUAUAAACAUAUGUAAAGAUGAGGUAUUAUUGUUGUAGCUUAUACAAAUUUUGCGCCUCUAAGUCUAAGGUGGCAAAGCAUCAAUCAUUUUGUCUGUCUAUUGGAAUAGCGUUAUUACAACAGGUAUAGCUGCGGUGAUGUCAACUUGUAUGUGACCAAUACUAUUGUGUUUUAUUGACUCUUUUUGGCUUGAGGGGGUGGGGAAGGACUUGUUACUUAAAAUACGGAAAGUGGGUUAGCAUUGGAAUGUAGAGAAGCUGUAUAGGACCGAAAUAACUUUUUUAAUUUUCAUGUACAAUCCCUCUGAAGCGUUUGCCUAGAAUUGUAUAUUGUGGGAGUCCUUUUGAUUCUUGUCAUUUUUCCAUGAAUGACUUACAGAAAUAGGGGUUAAUUGUGAGUGUACUUCUGAUUUAGUUUCAUAAAUUUUAAGAGCUCCGUUUACUCGUUUUA